CCGCUGCAGCUGCAAGUAACGCGUCUGUGCUGGUACAAUGCGGGGCCUACAACUCCUUGCCCGUCCCGCAAUACGCGGUUACGCGUCCACUGCCCGCCCCUACGUUCCCCCCGCCCAGCUCGCCAACGUCGCCCCGGCCUCGGCGCCUCAAAAACCUCGCCCCGAGUCUCCCUCGUUCUUCACGGUCCGGCCAGCAUACUACGACCAACUCUAUGAGCUCAACCAGGCCCUUUCCCUCUCCAGGCGCGCCCUCAGGUCCCAAUGCCUCCUCCCCCUCCCUCCCUUUGCCCGAGAUGCUCUUCGCCCGAUGCCGUCCAUGUGGCGAACGCGGGGCGACCUCUCGGACGUUAUGAGCACCCCUCUCUCCAACACCCGCUACAAGAGCAUCACCAGCGUCCUCGACCAGCUGCAUGAAUGUCGCCGAAUUGCCUGGACAGCCGGCUCUCUUGAGCUCGCCGUGGGCAUCUCGGACGUCCUCACCUCCUUCGAGCAUCGUAACCUCGACGCGGUGACCAACCGCAAGCGCAAGGAGCGCCCUCUUGACGAGCACGGCCGCAGUUACACCGUCGGGCGUAGAAAGACAAGCUCAGCCCGUGUGUGGAUGAUUCCCGUUCAACACGAUGCCUCCGCCUCCACGUCAGCACCAGCGUCUGAAACUGUUGCUCCUCCUCCUACACCAGCCCAGGCAUCUGUGAAUAACGACAUCGACGCCCUCUUCGGCUCCUCCGCCGACCGCACCUCCGAACCCGCCUCUACAGCCCUCGCUGCCGCACCCAUCUUGUCCUCCCCAGCACAGAGCGCACCCCCAGUCAAGCUCGCCGAGGUCCUCGUGAAUAAUAUCCCCAUCCACGAGUACUUCCAGAACCCUACCGACCGUGCCCGCAUCGUCCGGCCCCUCACGCUCACCGGCAGUCUCCCCGCAUACAACAUCUUCGCCAUCGUUCGUGGAGGCGGUCUGUCUGGCCAGAGCGGUGCCAUUGCGCACGCCAUCUCCAAGGGCAUUGUAGUGCACGACGCGCGGCAGGAAAUCAAGGAUAUCCUCAAGAAAGCUAAACUGCUUAGACGUGAUCCUCGUAUGGUUGAGAGGAAGAAGACUGGCCUUGAGAAGGCUCGCAAGCGCCGUGCUUGGGUCAGACGUUAACGUCCUUCAGCUGCCUACUUUCCAAUGGGUUUACUCUUGCAUAUCUACGUUUACGCUAUCAUCA